AUGAACCCCAAUUGCACCAACUGCAGCAGUGUGGUUGACAUGGCCUUCGUAAGCAUCUACUCAGUGAUCUUUGUGGUAGGCCUCCCCCUGAAUGUGGCUGCGCUGUGGAUCUUCUUUUUCAGAGGGACCCUACGGUCCAACACAAUCAUCUACAUGAAGAACCUGGCUGCCUCUGACCUGUUGCUUUUGGCAUCGUUGCCGCUGAGGGUGUAUUAUUACAGCAAGAGGCCUUUGCUAUCCCAGACAGUUUGUGAAGUUGCAGGGCUGCUGCUCCUGGUCAACAUGUAUAGCAGUAUCUUCCUGCUGACCUGCAUCAGCUGGGACCGCUGCAUGGCGGUGUGCUUUCCACUCCAACCCUGGGUCCAAGGCUUGCGCCGACAAGCCAAGUACAUCUGUGUAGCCAUGUGGGGCCUAAGCAUCGUGGGCACCAUUCCCUCCUACUUUGUAAACAAGGCAGAGAAGAAAAACGACACGCUCUGCUUUGACAGCCGGCCUCGAUACAUCAUGGACGUUCGCGUCUCCAGUGCCAUGGUGCUUGCCUUUGCUGUGCCCUUGGUCAUCAUGGUGACUUCCUCUUGGGGCCUGCUGCGGGCCAUGCACCAGAGCACAGCUGUCCAGAUGGAGCUGGUCAAUGGCACCAAGAUCCAGCACAUGGUGGUCAUCAACGUGGCCAUCUUCCUGGGCUGCUUCUUGCCCUACCACCUGGUGGUGUUUUGCUACCAAUUGCAAGGGCUGAACAAAGAGCACUGGGAUGUGGUAUACCGCUGUGCCCUGCUCCUGGCCUGUGCCAAUGCCGCCCUGGAUCCUUUGGCAUACUACUUUGCCACAGAGACCUUCCAGCACCUGGUGACAACGGACCACCUCUUUCAGGGCAGGGGCACCCAUUCCAACAAUGCUGGGGAGACGGAGUACCUUGCCCAGCCUCUGGGGACACAUCACCAGCCCACCAUGCCCACUCCUGUCUUUGAUGUGCCAUCCUGCAUCAAGGCACUUGAUGUGAAAGAGGCUACAGGCCAGUUAUAA